CAAUUUCUCUCUCACUGUCCCCACAGCAUCUAAUUUAUUUUUGAAAAAUGGAAUAUAUAGCAUUGCUCUAUGCAUUCAGUAAACACCUUGUUUGGUCUGCAAUUAAAGAGCUGCUGGUGGCUUGGAAUGCCCCUUUAAUAAGUAACAGCAGCCUGAGGGGCUUGAGCAGGUGGCCAGAGCAGCAGUGGAGAAGUCAAGGUGAGGCCUUAUGGAGCCACCCCCUGCAGCUCAUAGGUUGCCUCAGUAAAGGCUUUUUGAAAGCUUUGAGACACAGCAGCAUGGAUGUCAGAAAUUCUGUGUGCAUUCCAUUUUCUUUUUUGCUUUGCAUGCUGAAUGACAGCUUGCUUUUAGUUUUUAUUUUCUCUUUUCUGCAUUGCCUUGUACUCUGUUAUUUCAUCUUUCCAUUACUGUCUGUUGCCUAUUUCCCUCUUUUUCCUUUAAACCUUCCUUCCUUCCUUUAGUCCUCUUUUUCUUCCUUUCCUUUCCCCUUUUUCUUCCUCUUCUCUCUCUUUUCAUUAUUCCCAUUGUUUUAUAUUCCCAGAGCAGAGGUAUAGACUAGAGAGAAGAUAUAUUUGUGUCUGUGAAAUUUUUGUGUGUAUGAUCUGCAGUACAGUCUGUAUAGGUUUAUUCAGAAAUAAAUAGAAAUAAGAAAUAAUAAAAAAUCAUUUAUGUAAGUUGAGAGAGGGAGAAGUGGGCUGGUCUCUGCCAAGAGGUGGAGUGUGCCACAGCCUCACCAGUUUGCUUUACUUAAAAUGGGAGUUAAGUUGGAGCAGAAAUCUGAGUUCAAAGUGAUUUUGUGUUUUAGGACUCAGAGCUUACUCCGUAUUGCCCUUGCCCCUGAGCCUCACCAGCUUGCCUUCUGAGAAAUAGAUGUUUUUAGUGUUACCAUACCUACUAUGGCAGCCAUUUAGUGAAUGAGCUUGUGUUCCUAUUGAAGUCACUUUGUGACAGCCCCAAUGACACUCUUGCACAGUUGAAAAUAUACCCAACAUUAAGAAAAAAAAAACCCCUAGUAUGAGAGAGAAAAAGAAAACGUAUGUAUAGAAGGAAAGAGGAAGACAUACUGAUUUUCAUAGAAGUGUUAUCAAAUGAAUUAAAAAUACCAGGAGGUGGAUAGAUAUUUGCCUUUGGUGUUUGCAGUUCUGGUUCUACAGUGAACAGUAUCAAGCAACUGGAGGUCCUUAAUUUGUCUUGUAUAAAAUGGAUGAUCAUUCUAAUUAUCAUAAUUAGUGUUUUCCUGACAGAGUGCCUUAAUUUACUAUAACAUUUAACAGUAUUUAACUAUUAAAACCCAAGCUUUUCACCUUCCAUGGCAUUUCACAAAUAGAUGAGAAAGUUUAAGGUAAGUUUGGCUUUAAUUAAUGUUACUCUUUCACCUAGUACCUUUUCUCCAAAUGCUAGAAUUUAAUUUAACUGGAAGUAGGAUGGAGUUUCUAUACCUGCUGAUCCAGAGCAGUAUCUCUCAUAUUUGCAAACACUGUGUAGAAGUUUUGGAGGUGGAGACAAAGAAGACAGGAACUAAAUCAUAUGAUGAUGUUUGUUUGGCAAGUGUUUGAGGUCUGAGUAGCGAAACCAACUGCUUACUAUUUUGGGUGAAUGAGGUUAGCUGUUGCUGCAAGUAGCUUCAUGAAAGAAUCUAUCCAUCUGUCAGUGUGCACAGUUGUGGAGAACGAGGCUGAGAUCUCUCUAGCCCCUUACUAUGUGCAUGCACAUAGAGGAUGAAAAGCUUUUCUGUGUCUGAACAUAGUACUGAUAAAACAUCUUUUUUUACCUGAAGCUCUUUGGUUUUGGUUUUUGGAUGUCAGCUCUCCUAGAUGUGUCUGCCUCUGGUGUUUGCUUGACUCCAGCGUGAGCUCAGCUUCAAGCUGCAAACUGGCACCCAAGAAUAAGGGAUCAACAGGACAUUGCGAGAGACCUAUACUGGCCCUUUUCUGAGGAUUAAACAGUGGUCCCUAGGCCUGAGGGGACAUUUUGUUUGUGGGAUUUCUUCCAGCAUGUUGGACAAAACCAAAACCCUUCAGCCCUCAUAUGGUGGGAUUGUACCAUUUGCAGAGAUUGUAUCGAAGGAAGGAAAUAAUGUGGGAUUGGGUCAGGAUUCUUACCACAACUUACGAGAAGUACUGCAGUUGAAGCUCCAGCAGCGACGGACUCGUGAGGAGCUGGUUAGCCAAGGGAUCAUGCCUCCACUGAAAAGUCCAGCUGCAUUUCAUGAACAGAGAAGAAGUUUGGAACGGGCCAGGACAGAGGACUACUUAAAGCGGAAGAUCCGGUCUCGACCAGAGAGAUCAGAGUUGGUGAGGAUGCACAUUUUGGAAGAGACUUCUGCUGAACCUUCCCUUCAGGCCAAACAGCUGAAGUUGAAGCGGGCCAGGCUUGCUGAUGAUCUCAAUGAGAAGAUUGCUCAGCGGCCAGGUCCCAUGGAGUUGGUAGAGAAGAACAUUUUGCCAGUGGAAUCUAGUCUGAAGGAAGCCAUCAUCGUAGGUCAAGUGAACUACCCAAAGGUAGCAGAUAAUUCCUCCUUUGAUGAGGACAGCAGUGAUGCUCUGUCCCCGGAACAGCCAGCCAGCCAUGAAUCCCAGGGAUCUGUCCCAUCCCCAAUGGAAGCUCGAGUUGGGGAGGCACUCCCUACCCCUCCUGUGGCAUCCCCUGCUCAGGUUGUGUGUCAGUUAAGGGUUAGUGCAGAUUCCAGUGAGAUGCCUUUUCUGCCUGAGCAGACCCCACCUUCCUUGCAACUGCUGCCACCUUCGGUGCCUCCCAGUCUCACCAAUGGAAUUGCUACUCCUGUUGCCAAACCACUUCCAACCCUAAUAAAGCAAAGCCAGUCCAAGUCCUCAUGUGAGAAGUCCCAGCGCAGCAAAAAAUCUAAGGAACCAAAACCAAAAGUGAAGAAGCUGAAAUAUCACCAGUAUAUUCCACCGGACCAAAAGCAGGACAAAGGAGCUCCUCCCAUGGAUUCAUCUUAUGCCAAAAUCCUGCAGCAACAGCAGCUCUUCUUGCAGCUCCAGAUCCUCAAUCAGCAACAGCAACAGCAUUACAACUAUCAAACCAUCUUACCUGCUCCACCAAAGCCUCCAGGGGAGCAGCAGAGUGGCAGUACUGGCCCACCCAUGCGUACUCUCUCCACUGCUGCCAGCAGCUCCUCUUCUGUCACUUCCAGUUCUAAUGGGCUGAUGCGGCAAAACAGCAAUGCUCCAGUGUGCAAACCAGGAAGUCUGCCUACUAAUCUCGAUGACAUGAAGGUAGCAGAGCUGAAGCAAGAGUUGAAGUUGAGGUCACUACCUGUGUCAGGUACCAAGACAGAUCUAAUUGAGCGGCUGAAGGCUUACCAAGAGCAGAAUGGUGCAAAUGGCCGAGCAGUCAGCACUCCGAAACCCAAUACAGCAAUUCUUCCAAAGACCGCUGAAGUGGUGGUAGCCUUCCCAGCCACCAGGCUAAGUACUGGGCCUGCACUAGUCAGUGCAGGCAUGACUUCAGCAGAAGUUGUUGUGGCCACAGUCACGGGUAAUGGUGUGAUGAAGUUUGGUAGCACGGGCUCAACUCCUCCUGUUUCUCCUACCCCUUCUGAGCGUUCACUGAUAAGUGCUGGAGAUGAGAAUUCAACCAAUGGGGACGCCUUUGGGGAGAUGGUGACAUCUCCUCUGACCCAGCUCACUCUGCAAGCAUCACCAGUGCAAUUUCUAGUGAAAGAAGAGAGUUCCAAAGGCAGCACUUGUACCACAAAUCUCAUGGUAAGGGCAGACCCCUGUGUCAGUAACACCAACAGACAAGAUAUGGAGGUCCAGGAUAAAGAUCAGAUGUUGCAGGAGAAAGAUAAGCAGAUUGAGGAACUCACACGCAUGCUGAAACAAAAGCAACAGCUGGUAGAGAUGCUGAAGCUGCAACUGGAGAGAGAAAAACGGUCUCAGCAGCCACCUUCGGCCGUGACUUUUGGAGAAGAGGGCCCAGCUGAAGUCUCUGAGCUACCAUCAUUUAGUACCCACGUUAAGAGUGAAAAUGGCUUUGUGAGUUGCCAGUCUACAGGGCAUCCCACCUGCCAAACUGACCAAUUAAAACCCACACAGACCAGUAGCCAAAUGGACACCUUAGAAGCAAGUUCAGUGCCAAAGAAAGCAGUAAUGGUGAAGCAGGAGAUGCCAGCUGCUGAAACUGAGCCAUCAUGCCAGACCUCAAGUUUUUUCCAUGGCCAGCAAAGUGGAGGCUUCAGUGAACUCAUCAAAGGAGCCCCUCCUCCUACCCUCAUCACAGAUUCCACUGGCACUCACAUAGUGCUCACAGUGACCAAUCAGAAUGCUGAGAGGCAGCACCUCUCAGCUCUGGAAAAAGUGGGGAAUGGCUCAUUGCCACUGAAGAGAGUGUCAUCUCCACAAGCAAAAGCAUCUAAUCAACCUGUAAGCAGCUCCCAGACUUCUCUGCAGCAGCCAGCAAGUGAACCUAUGAAGAAGGGUCAGAAGCUAGGCCUGCAGAUGGUCACAGGGCAGCUGCCUCAAACGGUCUUGUCCUUUUCUGCACCCCCCAACUUGCAGCCCUUCUUCCUGAAUGGUUUCCACAAAGGACCCCUGAAAACAAGUGUUCCCGGCAAAACUGGCCAGUCCAGUGUGCCAAAAAAGCUGCUUUCACAGCCAGGUUCUCCAACUCCUCCCUCUCCAUCCCAAAUGGACCUUGAGCCGCAGAACUUCCUUGGUACUCCACCACCUCUAACACUGCCUGCUUCCUCAGUGUUGAUGAAAGAACCACCAGGUUAUGAAGAGGCUGUGAAGCAACAACCGAAGCCUGCUGAGGAGAAUGGCUGUUCAAGUCAGCAAAUGGAUGACCUGUUUGACAUUUUAAUUGAACAUGGAGAAAUUUCAGCUCAGUUCAAGGAGCAAUCUUCCCCUGCUAGGAAAGAUACUAUUUCCCUAGGAUGCCCUUCUCCGUCCAACAGCCAUCAUUCCUCAGAGCUCCCCCUGCAGUUGUCCAUGGGCCACACCAACUCUUUAAAUCCCAGCCCAGCAGGUAGGCUGGAAGACUUCUUGGAAAGCAGCACUGGCCUCCCCUUGCUAACAGCUGGCCCUGAUGGACCUGAGCCUCUGUCUCUAAUUGACCUCUACAGUGAGAUGCUAAGCAGUUCAGCUAUCCUGGACCACCCAUCUUCCCCUAUGGACACAUCAGAAUUGCACUUUGCUCCUGAGCCUACUGGGGGACCAAGUUUGGACCUGGCAGAGGCUAACCUGGACAGUAUGGAUUGGUUGGAGCUGUCAGGAGGGCCAGUGAUGAGCCUAACCCCCCUCAGUACUGCAACACCUAGCCUCUUCUCUACAGACUCCCUGGAUGGACAUGAUCUGCAGCUAUGGGGGGGUAUAGAAAUGAAAUAAAUAAUAUUAAUAA